AACCACAGAGUCUGCAGUCGGAGCUAGAGCUCCAAGGACCCCACGCCUGUGUCUCUGUGACAGAGCUCAAAGGGCCCUGGGCCUUCCUUCCCUGGCUCGGCUGUGCUUGGGAGGGUUCCCCAAUCCAGAAUCCCUCAGGAGCAUGGGGCAGCUGAUCCAUCCCUGCUGUACAAACUGCUGACUGCAGACGGAUGCUGAGCUACCCAAACCGACACCUAGCCUCUCUCUGAAGCUCCUUCCAGGCUGAGAGAGUUCUGGGUCCUAGGACCAAGGACACUGGCAGGCUUCCAGAAGGGGCCCCAACCUGUCCAGCCAGAGCAUGCGUCUCAGCAGAGCCAUCUUCCCAAGCCUGUGAUGACAAACCAAUUUCCCUUGAUGAUGUGCUUCUGAGUGCUCUGCUGAGGAAUAAUGGGAAGUCUGCCCAGCAGAAGAAAAUCCCUGCCAAGCCCAAGCUUGAGUCCCUCUGUCCAAGGCCAGGGACCUGUGACCAUGGAAGCAGAGAGAAGCAAGGCCACAGCUGUGGCCCUGGGCAGUUUCCCAGCAGGUUGCCCAGCCGAGCUGUCACUGAGACUCGGGGAGCCAUUGACCAUCAUCUCUGAGGAUGGAGACUGGUGGGCGGUGCUGUCUGAAGUCUCAGGCAGAGAGUACAACAUCCCCAGCGUCCACGUGGCCAAAGUCUCCCAUGGGUGGCUGUAUGAGGGCCUAAGCAGGGAGAAAGCUGAGGAACUGCUGUUGUUACCUGGGAACCCUGGAGGGGCCUUCCUCAUCCGGGAGAGCCAGACCAGGAGAGGCUCUUACUCCCUGUCAGUCCGCCUCAGCCGCCCUGCAUCCUGGGACCGAAUCAGACACUACAGGAUCCAGAGCCUUGACAAUGGCUGGCUGUACAUCUCACCGCGCCUCACCUUCCCCUCACUCCAGGCCCUGGUGGACCAUUACUCUGAGCUGGCGGAUGACAUCUGCUGCCUCCUCAAGGAGCCCUGUGUCCUGCAGAGGGCUGGCCCGCUCCCUAGCAAAGAUAUACCCCUACCUGUGACUGUACAGAGGACACCACUCAACUGGAAAGAGCUGGACAGCUCCCUCCUGUUUUCUGAAGUUGCCACAGGGGAGGAGUCUCUUCUCAGUGAGGGUCUCCGGGAGUCCCUCAGCUCCUACAUCAGCCUGAAUGAGGAGGCUGUCUCUUUGGAUGAUGCCUAAGCCCAAAAGAGGCCGAAAGGGAAACCAAGACUGCACACCUAGAACCCCAAUUCAGCCCAGCCACCUGAACACCCCAGAGGCAAGGCUGUGCACUCAGUGAGGGAGGGCUGGGACACAGAGGUGCAUCCAGGGUCCCACCUAUACCCUUGCUCUUUCCUCUCUUGGCCCUAAGAAGUCACCUACCUCCUCCCAGUGCCAUGAUCCCAUCUGCGACCUCUAGUCCAAAUGCAGAGAAGUUGGGACCAGGGCCAGGGUUCCAAAAAGAGAGUAAAUCUGGCCGGGCGCAGUGGCUCAAGCCUGUAAUCCCAGCACUUUGGGAGGCCGAGACGGGCGGAUCACGAGGUCAGGAGAUCGAGACCAUCCUGGCGAACACGGUGAAACCCCGU